AGCUGUUAAUGGGAGUUUUAAAUUUAUAAAAUUUAUAGAGUGAAUAAAAUUGAGGGUUGAUGAACUUGUGAAACAUCAGCAGAGGAAGAGGGUUGUUUGAGGAAUGAGUCAGUCAACACACCAGCGGUUGUAUGAUUUUGCGAAAACGGCUCUCAUAAACAUAUUCGCUCACCCUUACGCUACGGUGUGCGAUUUGUAUUGUGCUGAUUCCGGCUCUGAUAAAUGGGUCGACGCGCAAAUUGGUCACUACAUUGGAAUUGACGCGUCUUCGUCUGGGAUAGAGCAAAUGCGAGAAGCUUGGGAGAGUCACAGGAAAUCUUACACUGCCCAGUUCUUCCAGGUCGACCCUUCCGUGGAGAAUAUAGAAACACAUUUGGAGGAGAAAAUCAAUGUGGCUGAUGUUGUCUGCUGUUUGCAGCAUUUGCAGUUGUGUUUUGAGACUGAAGAGAAAGCACGGAAACUACUGCAUAAUGUGUCAUCUCUGCUGAAACCCGGGGGUUAUUUUCUUGGUAUUACUCCUGACUCAUCUACCAUAUGGGCUAAAUACCAGAGGAAUGUUGAAGCCUAUCACAACAAAAGCAGCAGCAUGAAGCCAAACAUUGUUCCCAACUGCAUCCGGACCGAGAAUUACAUGAUUACUUUUGAAGUUGAAGAAGAAAAGUUUCCGUUAUUUGGAAAGAAGUACCAGCUAAAAUUUGCUAAUGAUAUCUCUGCUGAAACUAAUUGCUUGGUUCAUUUUCCAAGUUUCAUCAGGUUGGCCAGGGAAGCUGGCCUUGAGUAUGUGGAGAUUCAAAAUUUAACCGAAUUUUAUGACGACAACAGAGCACAAUUAGCUGGCAUGUUAACACACUAUGUUCCAAACCUCUUGGAUCCGAGGGGAAGACUUCUUCCACGUUCAUACGAUGCGCUAGGUCUCUAUACCACUUUUAUAUUUCAAAAGCCUGACCCAGAAAUUGCACCCCCAGUUGCGACUCCAUUAUUGCCAGAUGCAAUUUAUAAUCACGAUGAGGGAACCAGUAGUCGAGAUGAUGAAAUAAUAAAUGGUCAUGUAGAACCCGCUAUUGGGCUGGGCAAGAUAAGCGAACAGAAAGGAAUAUUGGGCCCAGGUCCAGCAGAUUUACGUUUUCCAGAAGCACUUUGAAUGUUCUCCGGAAGCUAAUGUUUUAGGUAAUUUUGUUUUUUCUGAUGCAACCAAUAUUUAAUUUUAUUAGCAAAAAGAAGAAGGAAGUUAGGUGUUCUCAUCCUUUUUAAAAUGGUGAAGGUUGUUAGGGUAGGUGUUUUUGUAGUCAGUGUGAAAGGAUUAGUUCACUUUUUCACUCUCCAAAACAGUAGAAUUAAAAAAUGUAAUGAUGAACAAGUUUUAAUCAAUUGCACUUUCUUCGAAAUUGGGAUAA